AUGCAUCCUCUGAUACCCACCAUCUUUUACGACUCUUCCCCGACGACGCUGGGAAUUUAUACCAUUCUUUGCGGACUAUUCCUAUACUCUGCUAGCAAAAUGUUCGGAUUCGGUCGUAACCAGUUCGUCGUUCAGGGCAGGACCGUUGUUAUCACGGGAGGUUCGGAGGGGAUGGGCAAGGCCGUGGCUUGCCAGCUUGCAGAGAAGGGUGCCAAUGUUGUGCUCGUCGCACGCACGGAGUCGAAGCUCCAGGAUGCCGUUGAGACUGUCAAGGGUGCCGCGGCUGAAGCCGAGCGGCAGAGAUUCCACUACAUCUGUGCAGAUCUGACCAAUGCUGCCGAGUGUGACCGUGUCAUGGCCGAAGUCACCGAAUGGAACGACGGACAAUCCCCCGAUAUCGUAUGGUGCUGUGCGGGAUACUGCAGUCCCGGCUUCUUUGCAGAGACCCCGGUUCAGACAUUGAGGGAUCAAAUGGAUACGGUGUACUGGACAGCUGCCAACACUGCUCAUGCAAUCUUGAGACGGUGGCUUGUACCCAUUACUCCCAGCCAGCAAAUACCGCUACCUCCUAGACACCUCAUCUUCACAUGCUCUACCCUCGCAUUUGUGCCCAUUGCUGGUUAUGCCCCUUACUCGCCUGCCAAAGCUGCGAUUCGCUCCUUGUCUGAUACUCUCAGCCAAGAAAUUGAGAUGUACAACGGUUCUCGCGCCGACAAGUGCCGCUCAGAAGCUCCAGCUACGGACGUCAAGAUCCAUACCGUCUUCCCCAUGGGCAUUCUCAGCCCUGGAUUCGACAACGAACAGAAGCUCAAGCCGGAUUUGACCAAGAAGCUGGAGGCUGCUGAUAAACCACAGACACCUAGGGAAGUUGCAAACAUUGCGAUCAAGGCCCUGGAGAGGGGUGAGUACAUGAUCACCACGAUGUUCGUUGGCGAUGUUAUGAAGGGAUCAGCGCUCGGAGGCAGCCAGCGGAACUCCUUCAUUAAGGAUACGUUCACUGGCUGGCUCAGCAACUUGUUGUUCUUGCAUGUGAGCCCCGAUCUCAGGAGGCAGGCCUGGAGCUGGGGCGAGAAGCACGGCGUCCCUGGUCGCCGGAGAGAGUAA